AUGGCAGGCGACGGAGGCAACAAGCCCGCCACUGGCGGCAGGCCCAUAGUCACCGACCUGCUGUCGUGCGGCGAGCCCGACCUCCCAUCCCACGCGCUCCCGCCGUUCCGAUGCUGCCCGCCGGCGCCGGCGUCCGACGCUCCCGUCACCAACUUCACGUUCCCCGACCCAGGCGAGCCGCUCCGGACGCGGCAGCCGGCGCACGAGCCCGGCACGGACAGCGUAGCCCGGUACGCGCGCGCAGUGGCGCUGGUGAAGGCGCUGCCGGAGUCGGACCCGCGCAGCUUCUACCAGCAGGCCAACGUCCACUGCGCCUACUGCGCCGCCGCGUACCGGCAGGCGGGGCGGCCGCAGCUGCCGUUGCAGAUCCACUACUCGUGGCUCUUCUUCCCGUUCCACCGCGCCUACCUCUACUUCUUCGAGCGCGUCGCGGCGAGGCUCCUGGGCGACCCCGGCUUCGCCGUGCCGUUCUGGAGCUGGGACGUGCCGGAGGGGAUGCGGAUGCCGCCGGAGUUCGCCGACGUCGCGUCCCCGCUGUACGACCCGAUGCGGAACCCGGAGCACGCGCCACCGAGACUCGUGGACCUCGACUUCUCGUACGUGGAGAAGAAUUGCACCGACGAGCAGCAAAUCCAGCUCAACCUCCGCAUCAUGUAUAAACAGAUGGUCACCAACGCGCCGCUGCCGUCGCUCUUCCACGGGCAGCUCUACUACCCGCGCCGACGUGAACCGCGGAAGAGGCCAGCUGCCGCACCUGAAGUCCGUCCGCUUUCCGGUGUCGCUCGAUGCCGCGGUGACCGCGGAGGCGAGCCGGCGGCUGGGAAAGCCACGAGGGCAGUGGGAGGAGGAGGUGCUGGUGGUCGAGGGCAUCGAGGCGGACGGCGCUGGCUUUGUCAAGUUCGACGUGUACGUGAACGCAGUGUAUCACGAGAAGGUCGGCCCCGGCGGUCGGGAGAUGGCCGCAAGCUUUGUGUCCCUGAAGCACCCCGGCAAGGUGGUGGUGCAGACCAGCAUGAGGGUGGCGCUGAACGAGCAGCUGGAGGAUCUAGGCGCCGCCGGAGACGACAGCGUCACGGUGACGUUGGUGCCCGUGGAGGGGAGGGUCAGGAUCGGAGGCCUGAGGAUAGUGUACAUGGCGGAGUGAGGUUACAGUACAACAUACACGAGGUGCACGCGUUACGUUGA